AGUUUAGCUGAUUAGACUUGAGCGCUCCUAAUGUUGUUCCGCUUAUAGAAUAGAUCCAGAUAACUGUACCAGCCACUGACUGACCUCUUCUAUUUUCUUAAUUCUAAUCAGUUCACGUUUAUUGAUUCCAAACUUCGUGUUAAUAAUUUCUGGGACUGAUGUAAUACAUUUUUAUAUAUUAUUAUUCAUAUAAGCAUGACUAGUCCAAUUCACAUAACUGUUCAAUCUACCCCAGAUAAAAUUACACAGAAUGACCUAGAGGUGAAUGUAACACCUAUGACUAAUAACGAAGUCAACGAAGAUAAUUACCGCGGUAAUAAUAAUGAUGAUAUUGUAAGGAAUGUUUGUGAUACUCGUGAUAAUAAUGUCACCAGUGUUCUCCCAAACAAAGACCAGCCAAUUCAACAAAAAUUAAUAAUGGAUAAAAUGGAGAAGAAAGUCCAGAAAAAGAAUUUUAAACAAUUUAAGCAAAAAAUUCAUCGUAAAAGUUUACCUCACAUAGAAAUCAAUAAACAAAAUAAAGAGGAAAAUGAAAAUCAGCCUGUUGUAAGGAAACGAGACAAGUGGAAUAAGAAAAUGGACUUUUUAUUAUCUGUUAUCGGAUUCGCUGUUGACCUAGCAAAUGUUUGGAGAUUUCCAUAUUUGUGUUAUAAAAAUGGUGGAGGUGCUUUCCUAAUUCCGUAUGGUCUAAUGCUUCUAUUUGGCGGUAUUCCUCUAUUCUAUAUGGAGUUGGCACUGGGGCAAUUCAUUCGUAAAGGCGCAAUCACAUCAUGGGGUAGAGUAUGUCCCCUUUUAAAAGGUGUCGGCUACAGUGUCGUACUGGUUGCAUUCUACACUGAUUGGUUCUAUAAUAUGAUAAUCGCAUGGUCGCUUUACUAUUUAGGCGUAUCAUUUACAAGUAAUUUACCUUGGAUGACAUGCGGUAAUUCAUGGAAUACAGAAAGAUGUACUGAUAUUCAUUUAACAACCAAUGAUUCUGUUAUUACGUGGAAAAAUCUUACUAAUCAAGGCAGUAAUAAUAGUAAUACUUUCCCAGUUGAAGAGUUUUUCAGUAAUCAAGUUCUCGGUCGCACUAAAGAUACAAAUGUGGAGAAUCUUGGGAAGCUUCAGUGGCAAGUACUCCUGUGCUUUAUAGCUGUAAUGGUUAUUUGCUACUUUAGUCUGUGGAAAGGAAUUCACACUUCUGGCAAAGUUGUCUGGUUUACUGCAUUAUUUCCAUAUGUUGUUCUGAUAAUAUUUCUAUUCCGUGGACUCACACUACCUGGAUCUACGAAUGGUAUAUAUCAUUAUAUUUGGCCAGAUAUAGGAAAACUUAAAUAUGCAGAACCAUGGAUAGAUGCUGCAACACAAGUAUUCUUUUCACUUGGACCGGGAUUUGGUGUACUUAUGGCCUAUGCAUCUUAUAAUGACUUUCACAAUAAUGUAUAUAGGGAUGCAAUAGUUGUGGCGUCAAUCAACUCAUUGACAAGCCUGUUAUCUGGGUUCGUGGUAUUUACAUUACUGGGUUAUAUGGCGUAUAAACGUAAUGCACUUGUGUUAGAUGUGAUACAGGAUGAUCCAGUCUUGGUAUUCAGUGUAUACCCAGAAGCAUUAUCAACUUUACCUGGUUCAACAUUUCUUUCAAUAUGCUUCUUCCUUAUGCUACUCACGUUAGGAUUAGACAGUUCAUUUGGUGGAUCUGAAGCUGUCAUAACUGCACUAAGUGACGAGUAUCCAAUAAUUGCGAAUCAUAGGGAACUAUUUGUUCUUGGUUUAUUCACAUUCUAUAUUGCGAUUGGAGCUGUGGAGUCAACUCAAGGUGGUAUUUAUUGGUUUCAUUUAUUCGAAAGGACAUGUGUGGAAUACCCGAUUCUCUUGGCGGUAUUUUGUGAAACAGUCUGUAUAGCCUGGAUAUACGGAGUUGAUCGUUUUCGUCAAAAUAUCAAACAAAUGUUAGGCUUUGAACCAGGACUAUUUUGGAAAAUCUGUUGGAAGUUUAUUGCACCAAUCUUCAUUUUGUUCAACAUCAUAUAUGGAUUAUCAAACUAUCAACCUUUACAACUGGGAGAUUAUACUUAUCCAUUAUGGGCUAAUGUACUGGGUGGCAUUUUCAGCGGUUCUGCUAUUUUAACUAUUCCCUUUGUUGCCAUUAUCCAAAUUUUACGCACUGAAGGAACAUUGAAAGAGAGGAUUCAAAAACUAAUCACACCUUCUGAAUGUAUGGAUGUCAUUGAUUCACCUUUACCAAAUGAGGAAAACAUUGAAAGGAAAAUGCCCAAUAGCUUUUCAGAUACAUUUAAUUCUACAAAGCAAUCUUCAGUUUUAAUAAAAUUACAUUCAACGAAUUCAAUUCCACAUUGGUAUAAAGUGAAUUCAGAUAAAUGACAUGCAUUUGAACAUUAUUAUAUAUAUAUAUAUAUAAUGGGCAUAAAGGUUAUACAGUAUCUAUGCAGUUACAUUUUUGAAUGAUUUUAUUUAUGAAGUAUAAGGAUUUAUACACACAUAUAUAAUAUUACUACUUCUUAAUUCAGUAAAAGUGUCUGUUUAAGUAUCUGAACGAAAUAAGCUGCUUUAUUUAUUCAUAUAGAAUCACUG